CUUUCAUCACUGCAUUGGCGCUCAGUGAUGUUGAAUCGGUCGUACAUGUGUGUGUUGCUGCGUAUCGUAGAAUAGUUAUUUUAUUAGAAUUUAAUGAAUAUAAAAUUGUUACAAAAUGCCGCAUAUUGACUCAGGAAUGCCCAAUCUCUUCGAAAUUAUCGUAGGGACGUACGAGCAAUAUUUGCUCGGCUACAGAGUGCAAUGCACGAUGCACAACAUCGUGAAUGAAUACAAAGUGGAGAAGAGUUUUGCAACGCACAGUCACGUGGCGAGCAUACGCAGUGUUGCUAGCAAUAAACACUAUUUAGCUUCUGCCGGAGCUGAUGAUGUAGUAUGCCUGUAUGAUCUACGCAACAGGAGAGAGUCCGGCAAAUUAAUGUUUCACAAUGAUACCAUCAAUUGCAUAGCGUUUACUCCAGAAGCAUCGCACCUCUUCACAUGUAGUAAUGAUGGAAGUAUAGCAGCUGUUCGUUGUGGUAAUUGGCAGACUGAGAAGCACUGGCAGAAGGCACACAAAGGUUCAGCUGUUAAUGCUCUAGCUAUUCAUCCCACGGGCAAGUUAGCCUUGUCUACUGGAACAGACGGUGUCCUGAGGACCUGGAAUCUCGUUAAAGGCAGGCAAGCCUAUGCGACUAAUUUGGUACCGAGGCUGAAAUAUGAUGCUAAGAAUAUAACAAUUAUCCGAUGGAGUCCGAGUGGCGAUAAGUAUCUGUUAGCCAUUAAUCAGAAGAUAGAUGUAUAUGCCGUGGAAACCGCUGGAGUGCACAGUGAACUCACAUUUGACUCAAAGGUUAUUUGCGUGAAUUUCUUGGAAGAUAAUCUGAUCGCGGUCGGCUUCGAAAAUGGACAGAUCAAGUUCUGUGACCUCAGGACUUCGGAGGAAACGCUGGAGAUGGCGGCGCACGACAUCAGGGUGAAAUGUAUCGCGAACAUGAGCGACCUGUUAGUCAGUGCCUCCAGUUCCGGCGAAAUUAAACUUUGGAAGUACAACAAACAUAGUUUGGAUAUGUUGCAGAGGAUUGAUUGCGGCGCUAGAAUCACUUGUCUCGCAUUAGCACAGUCUUGCGAAAAUUUCGUGCAGCCGAAACAAGAAGAAUUGGAGGAGCAGAAGAAAAUAGAGAGGAAGAGUACACUAAGACUGAAACAAGAAGUUAUCAUUGAGGACGAGGGUGAAAAGGAAACCGGGGACAUCCCAGUUCGAAAGAUAAAAGCAAAGCAUAAAAGGAAGAGAGUCGUAGAAGAUGUAGAGGACAAUGUCCAGGAUUCCAAGAAGAAAGUUUUAAAAUCGAGAGAGACUGACGUCACAAAGAAGAAGAAGAAGAGAGACAGAUCGUUCGACAAAGACGAAGAUGUUAUCAAUAAGCCCAAAAAGAAGAUGCUUUUGAAGGCAAACAACCCGAAAGUUUUAAUUAAAAAAAGGAAAAAGGAUAAUACCAUUCCACAGAGCACUUCGCCAGCAAAGAAAAUAAAAAAUACCGACACAAUGAAACAGUCGUCUGUCGCUUGCGUAAAGUACAAAGAAAAAGUACCAAUGACAAUGGAUCCUGAAGACGCACCCCCUAGGAAGAAAAAGAAGAAGAAGGUGAACUCCUUAGGAGAAGAGGCUGUGUCAAAAAAGAAAAGGAAAGAACGACGAAAUAAAUUGAAAUAAAUAGCCAAUUGAGAGAGUAAUCUCUUUAUAAAAAUUAUCAUCUUUUCUAUGUGAUAUAUUUACAUAUGAUAAACUUAAGACUACGAGUAUCGUCUAAGUGCGUAAUAAAUUACUCGCUAGUUCCUACGAAUCAGUCUAUUUACAAUUUCGUCGAGUUAUCACCGCACCAAUUGUUACGUCUAGAAAUUAUUCACGGUGUGGGUUCGCGACGGUGAACACUGUUAGCUCGUCGAUUCAUCGCGGUCGAUUUCUCAUGUAAUCUUAUAGAAAAAAAUAUAGGAAUGGUCGUUAUACUGAAAAGAAAUUUAGUUGAGAGUUAACAGAAUCGAUAUCUGGUUAAAUUAAGGCUCCUGAUCGGCCAAGAACUCCGCGUUGACAGCGACGACACGAUUGUAAUCGACAAAAUAAUUAAGUGAGAAAAUAGGUCUGUUCGUUUCCGAAGAACUUCUGCAAACUAUUGCAAUAAGAAAGUUAGAGUGAAAGAAAAUACACGUAUAGUUUUUGAAAGAAAAUAUAAAUAUAGUUGUCUUAUUAGUGCAAAAAUUCAUCGAAAACUAACAGAUCUAAUGAUGUAAAAGGACGACCAAUUUUUUCCUGCAAACCACAGCGUUGUUACUGAGCGUAAUACGUACAUAUCACAUGUGAUACAAUUUUGGAAAUGUUCCUGAUACUGUGCUUAUUUAAUGUGUAUAAGUAGACAUUUGAUCAUAUUCGACAUCGCAGUUGAUUUUCCACCAAAACGAGACGAUUUGUUACAUUUAUUUUGCGAUUAUUUAAUAGUUAUUUGAGCAAAAGAGGAAGUAUUUUUUUAUUUGGAGCAAAAAUUUGUUACAUUUAUUUUGCGAUUAUUUAAUAGUUAUUUGGGCAAAAGAGGAAGUAUUUUUUUAUUUGGAGCAUUUCACAAGUAUGUAGAAUAGAUUGCAAGUGCCAUUUUAAUGAUACAUCUUUUUAUCUAGCCGUAGUUUGCAGGAAUUUUGGUUUUUCUCACGUCAUCAGUCCAAUAUGGCCGUGACUGAUCAGGAAUCUUAAUAUCGCCGGGAAUGAAUAACGCAUUUCAAUACUAUAUACAUGUACGCGUGUCUGCACGGAUAUUUCUAUAAGAAAUCUGAGAAAUCGGAUUCGGUCGCGUGAAUGAUCGCGAUGAAUGGACGUUGCGAGAAACAUCUACCACAAGAUACACUUGUGCGGCGGAUUCAUGGGACUACCGAGCGGGCAUUUCCACGCCUUGGCGAAUUCCGCGUUGUUCGACAGCGUGCCAAUUACCCUAAAGUGAUUCGGCGCGUGGACGCCCUCUAUCACCUUGGACUUCAACGCUCCGUUUGUAUAAUUUCCGCACCAGACCUUGAAGGAGAUUAGUGUUCAUGUAACAGUGGUAUCAUGAGAUACAUAGUGUAAACGACCUUCGUCGUUCAACGUGUAAAUUUUACUUGUAAAUACAUUUUUAUUAGUCUGACAAAGAA